CUUCGUGUUGGUUAAAAGGCAUUUCCGCUUUCUCAGCAACACGCUCUAAAGGUUGCACGUGUGUUAGCGUUUAUUCGUGAUUUUGGACAAAAUCUUGCAGCGAUGGGGAAACGAGCAAGUAAACGGAACACGUUUAAUUACAAUUUGGACAGAAAGAAAUUAAAGAAGAAGAUGAUAAAAAAAUACAAGCCGAGGAUUGAAUGCGAUCAGAUCCGGAAAGCUUGGAAUCCCCACAGAACAGCCAAGCAGAACAUGCGGGACAUGGGCCUGGCCUUUGGGGGCAAAGGAGUUCUUCCUAUCACGAGCAAGGCUGGGGAUGAACCUGUGGAUCAAGUCAUGAAACCCUACGUUGUCAGAGAAAUGGAAGAAGAGGCCAAUCUGCCAAGGAAGGACACCACGACAUGCUCGACCGAUCUCAUCGAAUACGUUCAGCACAUGAUCAGGGAACACGGCGAGGACUACAAGGCUAUGGCGAGAGACGAGAAGAACUACUAUCAAGACACGCCCAAACAAAUCAAGAGGAAAGUGGACUUGUACAAGCGCUGUCACGCCGAGGAGCACGCCACCUUCCUCGCCUCGUUACAGGCUCAGACCUCAUCAUGAACCAAACUCUUGCAUCCAGAAACGGACUGCAGACAGACCCCACGGCUUUACAUCGAAGCUCGCUUAUACAGAGUUGUGUAUAUAAUGUAUUUUAUUUUUCUUUAAUUUUUUUUUUUUAGAGUGAUCCUGUUUUACUCUAUUGUAUGUUAUCAUAUGAUUAUUUCUGUACACAAAAAAUUAAACUUCUGUUGACGUCA